ACCCUAUCCCUCGGGAAGGACGAGGUAUACGUGCAAAACAAUCUGGAAAACCAAUUCACUAAACAAUUGUGUCGAGGAGUGAAUCUAUUGAACGACACGUUUAGGUCUGAAUUGAAAUGCUUUCACUUAAACACAGCGCACAUACCGUUCCUACGGCUCACACGUGUCAGAGUAGAGGAGAUGCACCGCCGACCACAGGUGCUGGUCAUCCACCAGUUUCUGGCCGACCACGAGAUAGAGGUGAUGAAGGCGUUGGCCAAACCAAAGCUGUACCGCACGUCCACUGUUAACGAGGUAACUAAAGAGCAACAAAAGGACAGACACCGGGUGGCAGAGGGCGGUUGGCUUCGGGACACAGACAACGCGGUGGUCGACACCGUUAGCCGACGCAUAGCCGCCAUCACCGGAAUGGACAUCCGAGCGGCCGAAGAGUACAACGCGAUUAAGUACGGUAUCGGCGGGUAUUACGCCCCGCAUUGGGAUGUCUUUGUGCCCUCACAUACACAGCUUCACCAGCGUAUAUACGGCGACGCUCUCAACCGAUUGGCCACUUGGAUCAACUACUUGAGCGAUGUCGAGUCGGGCGGUGCGACCAUUUUCCCGCACCUUAACGUUACCGUAUGGCCUGAAAAAGGGUCGGCAGUGCUCUGGCAUAACCUCUAUAAGUCAGGUAUUGUCGAUCUGAACACUUUGCACGGCGGCUGUCCUGUCCUGAUGGGCACCAAAUGGAUUGCCACCAAAUGGAUACCCGAGUUGGGACAGACGCAAAAUCAAGAGGUCCAAUGGAUCCACGAUUUGAACGCAUACAUAGGGCUUGAAGAGCAACGGUUGGCCAAAAUAAGACAAUUGACGGAUCAGUUCACUACACAGAACUCGAUGGCGAUGAAAGACUUAGACACAUACUUAGGACAUCCCAUUGAUGUGUAUCUUCUCAUCAAACGAUUCGCCGUUGAGUGGAAAGUCUUGGAGGAUCUGUUGCUCACAAACCCUAAUGUCUAUAAACACACACAGAAUCUCAUCUUAAACAACGAGUUAAUAGACGCGGCAAAGGGUAUGUCAACAUUGGUGGACACGUAUCAGUUAGACGUAACCUUAUUGGCCGACGGAGUGGUACAGUAUAGCCAGGACUUUGGCGACCAAACUAUCGCUAACACCACUAAAACAUUGUCUAUUAACCAAACGCUAAACGCUAUGGAUUGCUAUCUAAUAGGGAAACAAUCAUUUUUGGACAAACAUUAUAUUCACGCCAUUCAAUGGUUGAAUGUGACCAUCACUAGAGCCGAUUCCGACACUUUGCCCAUUAAAAUCAAAACUAAUAUUUAUAAAUACAUUUCAUUGGCUUAUCAUAAGUUGGGAGAAUACAAUUUCGCCGUCUUUUUUAUGCAACACUCAAUUAAUCUCAAUCCGUAUAAUGAGAAAAAUCUUAUCAAUCAGUUGUUUAUUGAGUUAUUUAAUCUACUCAUUAAAGAUAAUUCUACCGAAGAAGUGAUAGAAGAGGAGGAAGAAGAGGAAGAAGUGUAUGAAGAGUUGACUGAAGAGAUAGAGGAAGAGAUGUACAAAACACCUGACGCUGAAGAGACCCCCAAAGACCCGCACGAAGACAUCGUAAGCGUAUCCAAAGAGUUGUGUCGAGGAGUGCGGCGAUUGAACGCUACGAUUACAUCACAAUUGAAAUGCUUUUUCCUAAACACGACUGAAAUCCCAUUUUUACGAUUAACUCGUAUUAAAGUGGAAGAGAAGUACAAAAGACCGCAAAUUGUGGUAAUCUAUGACUUUUUGUCGGACGAAGAGACAGAUGUGAUGAAAGCGUUGGCCACUCCGCGGCUCAAGAGGUCGACAGUUGUCGGGACAGUAGAUCAGGGCUCGUAUGUCGUGGCUGAUAGUCGCGUAGCUGAGGGCGGUUGGCUCGUCGAGAGUGACCAUCACGUGAUCGAUCGACUCACCCGACGUAUCUCAGCCAUCACGGGGUUGGACGCCAUGAGUGCCGACAGCUAUAACGCUAUUAAGUACGGCGUCGGCGGUCACUACGCCUACCACUACGAUGUGGUCGCACCCAAUGGGGCCAAUGUUGGGGACCGGGUGUACGCCCAGGACCUGAAACGUGUGGCCACUUGGAUCAACUACCUGAGCGAUGUGGACGCCGGCGGUGACACCAUUUUCCCCAAACUCAAUGUGGCCAUUAAGCCGAUGAAAGGGGCCGCCCUGUUCUGGUACAAUCUAAAAGCAUCGGGCUAUGUGGACAUGUAUACCCUUCACGGUGGCUGUCCUGUACUGGUGGGCGCCAAAUGGAUUGCAACCAAAUGGAUACUCGACGCCCGGCAAGAGUUCCGCAAGCCGUGCGCUCUCGACCAUGAUCAAUAUAAUUUAAUUGACAAAUAUUUGUGCAAGAGAGAAGAGCAACGACUGUUACAAUUGAGACAAUUGUCACAACAGUUACUCGCAUUGAAUGAAAUCACAGCCAAAGAUGUGGACACAUAUUUAGGACAUCCAAUCGGUGUUUACCUUCUCAUCAAACGUAUGGUCAAUGAAUGGCAAGAAAUACAACAAUUCAUAACAACCGACAGACAAUUCUUGAGAUCACUAUCGGAUCAAAUGACUAAUUUAAAGCUCAUAUACACGCAUGACUUGACGAAGACGGCGAGAGGUAUAUCACGUAUAUUAAAAGCAUACCCUUUGGACAUACCGUUAUUGGCCACCGGUUUGAUUAAAUACAACACAUCUAACAAACAAUUGUUAUUCAGAAAUAUAUAUUCUGAUACAAACCUAACGGCUAGUGAUUGCUAUCUAAUCGGCAAACAAUCCUAUGAUUACAAGGAUUACAAUCAAUCAAUUCAAUGGCUAGAAGUGGCGCUCAUGAGUGCGGAUAAUGGAGUUAAUGGUGUGUCGGAUGAAUUUAGAGCCGAUAUUCUUCAAUACCUAUCACUUUCUUAUUAUAAAAUACAUGAUUAUAACAGAGCCAUUGGUUUUAUGCUUCAAUCAAUUGGCAAAAAUCCCAAUUCAAAGCAUAAACACUCAAAAGAGUUAGCAUUACAUAAAAUGAAAGAUGAAUUCAAUUUUGAGAACCAAACAGAGGAAGAGAUACACAAACAAUCACAUGAAGACAAAUUCACGGCACAUGUCCGCGAUCUAUGUCGAGGAGACAUCUCAUUGGAUCAGUCCAUAAGAUUUCAAUUGAAAUGCUAUUACUUAAACACGACUGAAAUACCAUUUUUACGGUUAACUCGUAUUAAAGUAGAAGAGAUGUACAAAAGACCUGAUAUUGUGGUCAUUCAUGAUUUCAUAUCUGAACAGGAGAUCCAAACCAUCAAACUUUUAGUCCAAUUUAGUUCUCAGCGCUCAUCACAUGAUAGCAACACAUUAUUGGCUGAUGUGAGCAAACUUAACGACACCGACCACCUGGUGCUCCGCGCAGUUACCCAACGGAUCAGCGCUAUAACCGGCUUAAACGUGCGACAAGUAUCUGAUUAUCACGUGUUUAAGUAUAACAUCGGCGGUCACUAUGCCAUCCAUUACGACGCCCUCCCGCCGGCCAACGCCACUAUCACUGAUGAUGUCUAUGCGGUGGACAUGAAUAGAGUGGCCACUUAUAUGAUAUACCUGAGCGAUGUGGACGCCGGCGGUCUAACAGUGUUUCCCUAUUUGAAUGUUACGAUAACACCGACCAAAGGAUCGGCUCUGUUCUGGUAUAACCUGAAGAGCUCGGGUCUGAUCGAUAUGCGAACGCUUCACACCGGAUGCCCAGUACUGGUCGGUAGCAAAUUGAUUGCCACAAAAUGGAUCCCAGAGAGUGGCCAAGAGUUUUCAAAGCCCUGCGCUAUUCAAAAGCAUCAAUAUCAUUUAUUAGAAAACAAGCUAUAG